GUCGAAAAGGCUACGAGUUGCCAUGUCGAAGAAGAAAUUACGUCAUGUAACGUCAUUGUGACCAAGGUUGUUAAUGUAAAACUGUACAGGUAGCAAAUAUGAGCAUUUUGUGACCGAAAGAGCCGUAUCACCUUGGUGGAGAUGAGCGUCCACUGCGUCCUGACGUCCGCUGGCCGGAGCUUGUCACCAUCGUGUCCCGCCGUUGGGCUCCUCCAUCGCCUUCCGCUUCUUCCCUGCUCCAUCAAACGAAGAAAUAUGUCCUUCAGAAGACAGAUGGACCAUCUAGAGAGGACUGCUCUCAAUCAAAGACAAAGUGCUGUUUAUCCUGCUCAAGUGUGCGGCAUCAUGAAUGAGUCGGAAUCUGUAAAGCGUCUCAGGAUAACUGCUCAUCCAGAUUUUAACUUCAAGGCAGGACAAUGGGUGGAUUUCUUCAUCCCAGGAGUGGAGAAGGUGGGAGGUUUCUCCAUGUGCUCCAGUCCGGGUCUGCUGCAGAGGGAGGGCGUCGUGGAGCUGGCCGUCAAAUUUGCCAAUCACCCGCCGGCACGCUGGGUUCACACUGCGUGCGCUCUAGGCUCUCAGGUGGCCAUGCGCGUGGGCGGCGACUUCUACUUCGACCCCUCACCUUCGGAUCCCGCCGCGGAUCUGCUGCUGGUCGCCGGUGGCGUGGGCAUCAACCCGCUCUACUCCAUUUUGUCGCACGCGGCCGAUCUGCUGCCGCUCGGCCGGGCCUCGGGCGGGCGGGGCUGCAACGUCGGCUCGGUCCACCUCUGCUACAGCGCCAAGACCACCGAGGAGCUGCUCUUCAAGAAUCCGAUCCUGCGGGUGUGCAGGGAGUUUCCGGACAAGCUGACGUGUGAAUUCCACGUCACCCAGCAGAGCGCAGAUAUUGAGCCGCAUCUCCAGCCGUUUGUCAGCCGUGGGAGAAUCACACAGGAAGAGCUGCGGACACACGUGGACCCCCAGAGGACUUUGUGUUACCUGUGUGGACCUCCGCCCAUGAUCGAGGCCAUUUCCAAAACCCUCUCGGCCCUCGGCCUACCGCAAGACAGAAUUCUCUUUGAGAAAUGGUGGUAGCCGCCGCUCCCGCUCCCGCAGCGGCGCUGUGUUGGGCAAUCGGACUCCCCGUUUUGAGCUUCUUUUUGCAGUUGCGCGCUGGGAGUUGAAAGACGACAGAAGGAAUAAAAGCGACGUGGAAGUGCUCAGGCGUGCAGCUGAAACCCGCACGUUGACCCACAUCAUUUGAACUGGGACCACCGAAUGCGUUUUGGGUCAUGGAUGUGCGGGUCAAAUAUUUCUUGACUCUCAUUUCGAGUGCUGAUAUUUUAUUAAGAUUAAUGCGUUAUAACACCGAUGGAAACAUUUAUAAGACAGUCAAUUCCAAUUGUUUGAGUAAUUUGCAGUCACUCUUUACCGCUAGUAUGACAUAAACGGAAAACAUUGUAAAUCCCGGUUUACAAGCCGCGUUAGCACCACUGCGCUAGCGCAGGGCUCAACAUCCUUUUUGAGGCCGAGGGCUACUUCGUGAGCACCGAUCGUAUAAAGAGCUACGUGACCUGUUUGCGUCAAAAUUUCAGACUCAGUUCAUUACACGUACAUAUAAUAUUUUCGUUUUCAUUUAUUGUAGUAAAUGACAGACGUAUUUUAAAACUUUAAUUCACGUAAACAAGUCAGAUUCAGAAUUUAGAGCACAGGUAAUAGUAACAAUUUGUGGCCUAUGGUAUUUUUAGAACAUACCUCCCGGGCGCCUUAUAUGGUCCUCGCGUUGGUGACCGCUGCGCUAGCUUUAGCACCGCCGCGUUAGCGUUAGCACGGCCGCUCUAGCAUUAAACACUUGUGUACCGAGGCUCAUCACCAGGUGCGGUGUGUCGGCCGGGAAUUACAGUAUUUAAUCAUCAUUUCCCCGAUGCUAUUUUCCAUCUUGUAAUUGGCUCAAUGUUUUAUUAAUUUACAUAUUUUGAGGUUGAGUCCUCAUCUAGAUUUGACAGCCGAGUAAAUCGUCGCAUUGGCCAAUUUUCCGUGUUUUGACUUGCACUCAUAGAUUGAACACACUAGUCCCUCCCCCCCAGACUAUCAUUUUUACACGGCUCAGUGAGAAACCCACGGCUCAGACCGUAAUGGAGCCUCCAGGUGGGCCCCUGAUUGGUCCGUACCCGUAAGACCUCCCGCGGAGACCGUCGCGAGCUUCUCCCCGAGCGUCACUCGGCGGGGGUGCCGUCGUUUCAUUUGAGUUGCUCCACGAGGGAAACGUUCGACGCUCUAACGUGAUGAUUGAAUGAAAUAAAUGACGGAGAAGCCGCGUGAAAUGCUUCAUUUACUUUCGCUUCGGAUGGAAACGCUCGUGUUGCACACAAAACAAAACAAAAUAAAUAGCACUGUACACAAUUUCCAUUUUACAGUAAGCAAAAUACACUCAUCGGACACGAUAACAGGUACACUCGCAUUUGUAAAAGCAAAUUUCGAUACAGUUCAUUGGAUUUCUUUGGCAGCGAGUAGUAAGCCAAACGAUGCACUUGACAAUAUGAACGUUCUCAAGGGAAAAUAUGCAUGCUAGCUGUCAAAAUUCUCAAGCUGUGAUAAAACAUGAAUCCCGCUAAGCCGGGAUGGAAACAUUAUGCACAAGUAGACCACAAUACACUGUACGUAUUAUUUUCAUUUGGGUAACAUGAUCCUAAUUUUUUGGAAUAAAUGGGGUACGGUUUGCAAAACAGCUAACGCUAAAAAUAGCAACAUUUUGUCACAUUUAACUGUUAAGAAGUGUGGAUUUUCAAAUACAUUUUUUUUUUGCACAUUUGCAACAUUGUAUUACAUAGAUCACAUCAAAAUAGUAAUUACUAAACCUAGAUGUUAAUUCUAAAUGGAGGUAUUAAAUCUAAAUGUUAACUUUGAAUGUUAAAUCGGAAUUUUUGGAUCAAAUUAACAGUUUUUAGUGUCCCUUUUAUAAAACUCCAAAUAACAUUUUUUUGUAGUUACUAUCACCACAAUCUAUGUUCGUCAGUAAUUAGAGAUUUUUUAUUAUAAAUGAAAC